CCCAGUUUCCACUGAGUGGACUCACUGCCUCACCCUGGCCCCCAGACCUGCUGCCCUGGCCAUGCCUGUGCCUGCCGAAGGGACCCCAUUGCCAGUCCCCGUGCCCGCCUACUUCCGCCACGCUGAAUCCGGCUUCUCCCUCAAGAGGCCUGGGGGGCUGAGCCGGAGCCUCCCACCCCGGCCCCCUGCCAAGGGCAGCGUCCCCUUCAGCCGUCUCUUCCCUGCCUGGACCCCGGGCUGGAAGCAGCCCCGGCCGCGGUGUGUAUCAUUCCACGGCAAUGUCUCCGAGAUGCUGCAGAGCCCCGGCUAUGACCCCCACCGGCCCGAGUCCUUCUUCCAGCAGCGCUUCCAGACACUCGGUCGCCUGGGCCAAGGCUCCUACGGGACAGUCUUCAAGGUGCGCUCCAAGGAUGAUGGGAGGCUGUACGCUGUGAAGCGCUCUGUGUCGCCCUUCCGGGGUCCCAAGGACCGUGCCCGCAAGCUGGCCGAGGUGCGUGGGCACGAGAAGGUGGGGCGGCACCCGCGUUGCGUGCGGCUGGAGCGUGCCUGGGAAGAGGCGGGACUGCUGUACCUGCAGACAGAAUUGUGCGGGCACAGCCUCCAGCAGCACUGCGACGUGUGGGGCGCCCGCCUGCCUGAGGCCCGGGUCUGGGGCUACUUGCGGGACGCACUGCUGGCCCUGGCACACCUGCACGGUCAAGGCCUGGCCCACAUGGACGUCAAGCCCGCCAACAUCUUCCUGGGCCCAAGGGGCCGCUGCAAGCUGGGUGACUUCGGGCUGCUGGUGGAGCUGGGGGCCAUAGGUGCCAGCGAGGCACAGGAGGGGGACCCCUGCUACAUGGCCCCUGAGCUGCUACAAGGCAGCUACGGGACGGCCGCCGAUGUGUUCAGCCUAGGGCUCACCAUCCUGGAAGUGGCCUGCAACAUGGAGCUGCCUCGUGGUGGGGAGAGCUGGCAGCAGCUGCGCCAGGGGUACCUGCCCCCCGAGUUCACAGCUGGCCUGUCUCCUGAGCUGCGUGCUGUUCUCACUAUGAUGCUGGAGCCGGACCCCAAGCUGCGGCCCUCGGCUGAGGCCCUGCUGGCCCUGCCCGCCCUGCGGCAGACGCGGACCUGGAGCACCCUGUGGUGCUCUGCGGCUGAGGCCUGGCGCCAAGGCCGGGCCCUGUGGCAGGCCCUGAUUGCCUUGCUGUGCUGGCUCUGGAAUGGGCUGGCACACCCCGCCCGCUGGCUGCAGCCGCCUGGCCCCCCGACCACACCGCCCAGCUCCCCGCCCUGCAGCAUCCUAGAUGGCAGCCUCUGUGGCCCCUGGGAAGAUGAGAGCAUGGGGCCCUUGCUCUCUCCAGAGGUCCUGACCAGGGCUGCUGGGACCACGUUCACCCCCCGCCAGGGUUCUCCUGCCACCAAGAGCAGGGAUGCCCUGGACCUCAGUGACAUUGACCCAGAGCCCCCCCAGGGCGCCUUCCCCUCCUUCGAGCCACGGAACCUCCUUAGCCUCUUCGAAGACACCCUGGUCCCGACCUGACCUGCUGUUUUUACC